AUGUGUGGGCGAGUUGAAAAGGAGGAAGAAGGCUACCAGUACACUGUUGUUGGCAAACCAGUGGCGUAUCAGGAGAGUAGCCGUGAAGAUCUCUGCUUUGAAAAUAGCAAGUUUGUUUCAAAAGUGAACUUUACGGGUAGGGAAGAAUUGCCACCAAUCAAUGAUAUGCUGGAAGCGUUUGCUGCAUUUGCGAUGACACCACAUAGGUUGGUGCUGUCAAGCGCAUUGGAUCUGCAGGCGUCCUGCAUUAAUGAACAAGCAGUUAACGAAAUUUAG